CUCUCGCAAUAACAGAUUAUAAACGAAUAAUUUGCCAACGUUAACGUUAAAUGAAAUAAAAUUUUAUUAAUGCUCAUUUUCGGAAUAUUUGAGCAAGUUGAUUCUACAAUGAAAAGUUUUGUCUGGAUAGUGCUUUUAGUCGACUUUGUUUUGACUGCUCCCUAUAUAAAUGGCAAUCAGAAUAACAAUGUGAAUACGAUUGAAGAAUUAAUUCAAGUGGGAAAAAUACCAUUUCCACCACCACCCUCCUCCCUUCCUCACAACUCUUCUUUUAUUCCAUUAUUGGCCAGAUUGUGUGAUGGACAAAAUCCAAAUUGCUUGCAAAAUGUGGAAUGGAUAGUAUCAGUACCAAAGCGACCAGCACAGAAAGCAUGCGAACUGUAUUUAAAGGCCCCAGUGGAUCGUAUUUUGGGUGGUAGGCCAGUUGAACUUGGUGAAUUCCCAUGGAUGGCUGCAUUGGGCUAUUUAAAUGAUCAAUACAACGUGGAAUUCAACUGUGGAGGCACUGUUAUAUCAGAAUUGUAUGUAAUGACAGCUGCGCACUGCACUGCUUUAGCUCGACCACCGGUUGUAGUGCGAUUGGGCAAAACAAGCCUAAUCGACGGAGAUGGAAUCAGGCCCACAAAUCAUGCAAUUAAUGAUAUAAUUCGCCAUCCGAGUUAUUCAUCAAUAACCAAAAGAAAUGACAUCGCAUUGCUUCGACUGGGAAGACGUAUUUAUUUUACUCGUGAAAUUUCACCAGCAUGCUUGCAGACGGAUUUGAGUGAUAUUACUGCUGAAAUGAAGCUUUUGGUGACUGGCUGGGGUUCGACUUCAUUCGAUCGUGAAAUAAGAUCGAACGUUCUUCUCAAAACUCAAUUGACGUCGAUGCCAUUACCCGAAUGCAAUCAAACAUUUUUGAACUACAAUGUUCUUGCAUAUCAAGCUGCUCUUCAAGAUGGCAUCAGUCAAGGGCAGUACUGUGCAUACGACCCAACGGGACGAAAUGAUAGUUGUCAAGGGGACAGUGGUGGCCCACUUCAAUAUUUUCCCACAUCAAAUUCAAGCGUUUCUACUGUCGUCGGUAUCGUUUCAUAUGGUCUUAGUUGCGGCACAGCAUUGCCCGGCAUUUACACGAGAGUCGCAUUCUAUUUAGAUUGGAUCGAGUCAAUCGUUUGGCCAAAUACUAAAAGGACUUGAAAUUAUCUCGAAAAUAUGUACUAUCUACUUUUUUACAUUUUUAUUCCAUUUGAAAAAUAUUCAAACAAAUACAUAAAGUAAUUACCAUUUCAAA